CCAUCGCUGCGGCGAAACCGGCGACCCGUCCACGGGGACAUGGUCCAAGAGUUCGUUAUCAGAACCACCGAGUGGUGAUUCGCCAGAUAUCUCUCUCUCUCUCUCUCUCUCUCUCGCGAGACAAAACUGUAACGGUGGUGUUUCUUGGUGUUGGCGGCGUGCACAAUGUGCUGCAGGGUGUGAAGAGACUGCGCUGCGUCACGCCCAGGAACAUCUAUGGGCCGUAAACGGUGGUGGCGAGGUGGCUUGGUGGAGCUGCUGGUGGUGCUUCGUAUCCUUCAUCACGCCGUCGUUCUGGCUGACGGCGAUGUUGGAUGCCUAUUCAGCGAUAACGUAUGCGAUCCACAGACGGAGAACUGCUUCAACGAUCUGGCGUUCGGAAAAUGUAUAUCACGGUACAGGGAUUUAGAGAAUGACGAUUUGUACCAAUAUAAUCUCGAUGUCGGCGAAUUGGAGUUGCUGAGACUGCAAUUGGAGAAACUGGAGUCCGACGGAUACAAAUGGAAGCAUCCAUUUACACAAUGUAUAAUGCAAACCUCGUUACGUAAUCUCCGAUAUGGGCAAAACGAUAUCUAUGAUCUUCGUCUCUGCGAAUAUUUGAAGGAAUCGCAUCUCGACGAGCAGAACGAUCCCAUUAACGAGGUGAUUCCAGUCGCUAUACUAAAAAUAUCCAACAAUGAAAAUCCGGAGAGUAAUUUGGCCGACGCUCUAUAUCGCGCCGCGGACGUCGAGAAUAACAUGUUACCGACUUUCUACGACGAACAACGACUGCUGCCGUUCAAUCAGGAAUCCAUCGAACCUGUUUAUAGACUUGAAUCCACAAAUUGGCGUGGCGACAAAAGCGACCGAGUUUCGAUCAACGACGAGAGAUACGAGGACGAGUACAGAAAAUCGCUGAACGAUGUGGGCGAGCAAAUAUAUCCGCCGAGAACGCGCCGGUAUAGUUUUGUCGAUAGAUACGGAAACGGCGACGUCGAGGACACUUUGGCGGACGCAAGAUUGCCCGAGGACAACGACGAAAAUCUUUACGACGCGCAGCUUUUGUCCGCCGACGCGCUUCAAUUCCUGCCGGAUGAGAAAUCGACAGAUUACACACUAUUGAAGCCUUUUCCCGACGACGAGAAAGAUGAGCGGGAAUACGAGAGGGAGUUUUCCAGGAAGUACAAGCACCGAAAGAAACAACCGCGUUUGGAGUUUCUCAACGGCGACGCGUCGACGAGGGUGGACGGCGCAAACGGGAUGAUGAUCAAGCAUAACGACGAGGAUCUCGAUUAUGAGGACGGCGGAACCGAUGAAGCAGCUUUGGAGGAGAUCGAGGGAUCCGAAACGGAUGGUUCGGAUGCCUCGAAGACGAGCAGCAUGUACACCGAGGGAGGAAUCGAGCAAUCUUUGGAGCACAAAGCUGCACCCGAUGCGGUUGGAACUUCGUAUGACGAGAUGUUCGACGACGAUGACUUGGACGCGCUUUUAUGGCAGCGAGAACUAGCGGGGUUUAAACGUAGAGAACGUCUGGACGUCAAGAAACCUGGGCCGCCAUUCUCGACGAAUAAUUACGCGUUUAAAACUCAAUCUCCGUCCGCUCCCGUCGACAAAGAUUAUGCCGGGGCAGACGACGAGGACAAUAAUGAAGUAUACGCGCCGUUCACAAAGAAGGAGCUACGCAGUAACUCGCACAAAGCCAGCCACGAACCACCGACAACUUACAAGAACGUUGACCUGGAUUACGUCUACAUUGAGUUUGAACAGGAAUUUCACAAGUGGGAACAAGGAGCGCAUGUAGUUACCAAGAUCGAGGAAUUCUUAGGAUUGCAACCGGGUACUUUGAGAGACAUACGAGUGGGCCGCGCGGAGGUUACUUUCAAAGUCAGUCAGAACGACAAGAACUUAAAUGCUACUGACGUCGUCAGCAGCAUCGAUGACAUACGUGGCAAAUUACGCAAUUCGCUGGGAUUCCAAGUCCUUCGAGCCGGUAUAGGCAACAAGGCUAAAUUACCAGCCAGCCUGGAAGUAGGCGAGGGCGGAGUGAGUUCUACUUUGUUCGGAGCGCUGGUGGCCGCCGGAGUCGCGGCUGCGACCGCGGCCGCGGUGGUUACGCUGAUAAUCGCGCGUCGCCACGCUAAAUGUCGCGCGAAGCUCGCCGGGCUGACCACCCCAGACCCGGAGGCGUCCAAGGACUAUCAGGAUCUGUGCAGGGCAAGGAUGCAAGCAAAGCAGCCGAACGAGAAGGUGGAAUCGCCGCGCAUCACGAGUCUAUCACGCGAGAGCGAGUUCGGUAAUCUGCCCUCCAAUCGUUCCAGCACAUCUUCUUGGGGCGAGGAGCCCACUCUUUCCAACAUGGACAUAUCCACCGGUCACAUGGUACUUAGUUACAUGGAAGAUCACCUGAAGAAUAAGGAUCGUCUUGAUCAAGAAUGGGCGGCGUUGUGCGCUUAUGAGGCCGAUCCAUCGUCGACGGAGAUCGCGGAGAGCGAGGCGGACGCUAAACAGAAUCGUCCCGGCGCGGCACUUCCCUACGAUCACUCCCGGGUAGUCCUGAACGAUCUUACGAACGCCAAUAAUUCUGAUUACAUCAACGCUUCCACGAUCAAGUCGACGGAUCACGACCCCCGGAACCCGGCUUACAUAACCACACAGGGACCGCUGCCGCAGUCCACGGCUGAUUUCUGGCAAUUGGUUUGGGAACAAGGCAGCGUGGUGAUUGUGAUGUUGACACGGCUCACCGAGGAGGGCCGCCUUGAGCACAUUAGAGAUCAGAGGCCCAACAUGGUCGCUACAAAACAGCAAUUCGAGUUUGUCCUGAUGGCGGUGGCGGAAGAGGUGCACGCGAUCCUCAAGGCUUUGCCCAUACCGUCGAAUGAGAAAUCCGCCGCGACUACUAGCGCAGCAAGCGGUUCUUCGCCACCCACGAAAUCAGAGCAGUGAAGUCAACCCUACGACCUGCGCUGAGAUCAACCCUUGAAUAGUAUGAAAAAGGCUUGACGACUUUUAACUCUGGUCUUUUUAACUCCAGUGGAUUCAACUAGGAUUCUGCUCUUGUCUUUGACAUUCUUUUACAAACUUUACACAAUUCGAGAAAUUCAAUUUUUUUCGAAAAUAUUUUCUUCAAGAUCUCCGAUCUUGAAGAAUCAAAUCUUAACAUCGUUGUUGCGAUAUCUGAUAAGGUAUAUAAUUGCGCCAAUCGACUAUUUUGUAUUCUUCAGGGUUUAAAGUCGGGACGCGGACGAGGGUAAGAGAUAUCUAUUCCAUUGAUUUCAAUGUGUGUCACGGGAACGGCAAACACUUUGACUAGCUGUUUACUACGAUGUACCCUACCGGAGUAAAGAGUGGAUCAAUCGAUUUUUCCGUUGAGAUUUUCUACACGCUCGAGUACUUCCCGAUUAACACACCUCCGCGUGAUUAGUUUUAGAGUGCACCAAUCGCCGCGAGCUUCUUCUUUCAUAUUCCUGAAGUACAUAAGCUGUACUUCUCCAAGGCGCGAAAAGGACGAUAGUCGGUUUAGAAUUCUUAGCGUGAGAAGUAGCGUACCGUUUUGAGUUAACGGAGGGAAAGUAAACGAGAACAUACAUGUGUCAAGACAGCUUCAAGUAUUAAUGUAACGUAUGAUUUUCUCGGUUGAUUCUUUUUUCAUCGUUGCUCUAUCAAGUAGUGCCGUUUUAUUACCUCGACUAAUCGCGUACGUCGCCCCUUUCUGCUCAUUUAGACGCGGCCUAUUUCAAGGGUCAAGUACCUGUAUAGAGAAUCAACAGACAGGUAGAUAUGGUUGUUACUGGAGGCAUAUAUAAUACAUCAACGACUGAGAUAUACAACUGCUGCACUGUGCGAUCGAUCGAUGAUACGACGGAACAUAUUUUAUAUUAGUAGUGUCUAUUUAAGCACCGCAUUUGACGUUAAACGCGGUCAUCCGAGUUCAGAGCUUUAUUUGCUUGAUACGAGGAGGAUAUCGUUUCAGUAUUAAUCGCGGACUAACGCUCGAACUGGCUGCGUUUAGCGUUAAAUAUGCGACAUGAGAGCGGGCCGGAAUUUUUAUUGUCUAUCAUAUUGUCUACAACGCGUGUUCCAUAUUGCCUCUCAUAGACAAAGAGAAUCUAUGGAAUAUCUAUGGAAUAUCUAACAAAUUGUCUCUAUCGAACGUUUUAUCGCAUUUGAGUAUUUUAUUAAAAAUGCAUAUAUAUUAUUGGCUCAGCCUUAGUUAUUUAGUUUUAUUAACGUUAUGAGACAAAACAAUAAGUUGAAAGAAAGGCUAAGAGCUAAAGGCGCGGUUAUUUGCAGAGCUUAAGUUAUAAUUAUUCAUUACAUUCUUGUUUCGUUAAAUAAAUAUAAUUUAAAUUGUGCAUAGAUAACUAAAUUUUUCGUUUUUAAUAAUCUUUCAUUUAAUUUAUCGAUUAAAAAAACUCAUUUUGUUAGUACUAUUUGCAAAGGUUUUGCUUGUGCAAACUUGUGUGUACAUACGUGUACAUACACAAAUUGAAUUACAUUGACUCCUAUGUGCUCUUCGAUUAAUAUGCUUUAUAAUAGCUUUAAAGGAA